CCACCAAACGUGUUAAUACGGUGUCAGUUACCGAACAGUCGCGGUGAUUGCAACAAUCUCGACAUAACCUAUAAAGUUAAGAGAUAAAAAAUAAAUAAAAUGCCACACAACUACGAAAACAAUACUUCGAUAUCAACUUUUGUGGAAUAUUUGCGAAUACCUAGCGUACAACCAAACGUUAUCUAUGAUGAAUGCGUCAAUUUCCUCAAAAAGCAAAGCGAUGAACUUAAUCUCGAAUUCAAGAUCUACGAAUUAGUACCAAAGAAACCUAUUGUAGUUCUGACAUGGAUAGGACAAGAUCCUUCACAACCUUCGAUCUUGUUGAACUCUCAUAUGGAUGUUGUACCAGUAUUUGAAAAUAGUUGGACUUAUCCACCAUUUAGCGGGCAUAUUGACAAUGAUGGAAAAAUAUAUGCCCGUGGCUCUCAAGAUAUGAAAUGCGUCGGUAUACAGUAUCUCGAAGCUAUCAGGAAAUUGAAAUCGUCCGGAAUCAAAUUGAAAAGAACUCUUCACAUUUCAUUCGUUCCUGAUGAAGAGAUCGGAGGCCACGAUGGAAUGAAGAAAUUUGUUCUAACUGACAGUUUUAAGGCUUUAAACGUGGGAUUUGCUUUAGAUGAAGGAAUGGCAAAUCCUGGCGAAGAAUUCGUCGUAUUUAAUGGAGAAAGGAGCAUCUGGCAAAUACAUGUUAUUUGUCCCGGUCAGCCAGGCCAUGGAUCUCUCUUACUACCAAAUAAUUCCGGUGAAAAGAUAAGGUACAUCAUAAAUAAAUUUAUGGACUUGAGAGAUGAACAGAAAAAAAUUCUAGAAAGCAAUCCUAAAUUGAAUAUCGGAGAUGUGACUACGAUAAAUAUGACGCAAUUGUUUGGUGGAGUACAGUCAAAUGUCGUUCCAGAAAAGCUGACUGUUGUUUUCGAUUGUCGAUUAGCAGUUACAGUUGAUCACGAAUCUUUUGAAAAUACAGUCAAACAAUGGUGUAAGGAGGCCGGUGAAGGUGUGUCAUACGAGUUUGAACAGAAAAAUCCGUGUGUCGAGUGCACAAAGACGGACGACAGUAAUCCCUAUUGGGUCGCAUUUAAAUCAGCUUGCGACAAAAUGAAUCUAAAGCUGGAUAUCAGGAUCUUCCCAGGAGGUACCGACAGUAGAUACAUUCGCCGCGUCGGCGUUCCUGCUAUCGGAUUUUCCCCGAUGAACCACACGCCUGUUCUUCUGCACGACCACGAUGAAUAUCUCAGUGCCGAUAUAUUCCUAAAAGGAAUAGAUAUCUACGUGAAAUUAAUCCCAGCUAUUGCCAAUGUUUAAAAAAAUGCUUCUUAUAAUGUUUAUAUUUUUACUCUUUUAAAUAAAUGUAUUAAAAUAGUA